AUGCAUGCAAGCUGUUUGGAUGCGUGUGUGUGGCACGUGCGCCCUGCACUCCCCUCUAAUGCUGCCAUGUCUCCUUCCCCCUGCGUGCCCUCCACGCGUGUCGCCCCAGCGCACAGCGCAUGGGGCUCGUGGCACUGCUACUUCCACCGCCUCACCUCGCCCGCCUGCCAGGCCGCUGCCCACGCCGCCGUCUCACUCUCCCACCCUGUUAUGGAGGGGGGACGCCUGCAAGGGGGACGGCUGGGAAGCACGGACGUGCAUGCAGGGGGGGCGGAGGGGUCAGAAGGCGGGGGGGGCGGGAUGGGGGCGUGCAGGCCAGUGGCGGAGGUGGGCAGUGCAGUGGCGUCAGAGGCGCGUGUGGUGUGCGCCACCACCCAUGUGCGGGCGAGUGCUGCGGUGCAGUGCUGUGAUGGCGAUGCGGGCGCGGAGCCAAGUGGGAAGCAUCCUGCUGAAGCUGCUGCUGCCCUGCUGGGCGGGGCGUGGCAGCAGGUGGUGGUGCGGGGGGCGCGGAGGGGUGCAGAGCGGUGUACGGAGAAACAGCAGAAGGUGCAGUGGUGGAGGGCGCAGGCGCUGCGCUUCAUGCUGCGCUGGCCCUCGCCCUACCUCUGCCACCUGCUCAACCGUCACCGCCACCGCGCCUACGGCAUGCAAGUGGCGCGCGGCAUGGCCACGCACCACGCCGAGGCCCAGGGCAUCCUCUCCUCGCUGCUGCUGCCACCCCUGGCCGCCCGCCACCCCAUUGCAGCGCGCGCCCUGCAGCAGGAGGGGCGGGAGCUGGCGGCGCUCAACUUCUCGACUCCGCACUCGGUGGAGGCGCAGGUGUGGCCGGGGCUGGGCUUCCACGGGUGUGUGGCGCGCGGGCGCGGCAAUGUGAUGGCGACGCCGGGCAACCCCCUGUCAGACUACUUUGGGGCGGGGCGCGAGGCGUAUGUGCUGCGCCCCAUCGUUGCCAUGGACACAGGACGGAGGCGAGGGGUGGAGAGGCCGCCAAUGCAGCAUCUCAAAGAGGAUGAGCAGGAUAAGGAGGAAGGGGAGGAUGAGGAGGUGGGGAGGAGUGGGCAGGAGGGGGAGUUGGAGGAGCGGGGGAGGAGGGAGCAGAUGGCGGUGGUGGCGAGUGUGUUCCACGCGUACAGCCUCAGGCAGCACGACCCUGACCUCCACCACGUGUGGCUCACCGCCUCUCCCUCGCAGGCCACGCAGACACAAUUGGCAGCCUUCGACGACUGGACCUUCCUUAACUCCCGGCACGACAGCUACGGCCAAUCAGCGGCUGCCAGCAUGGCAGGUGUGGUGGGGUCACAGCUGGCAAGUGUGCUGAUCGCAGCGGAGUCAGACUACUUUGUGGGGUCACUGGCCUCACGGCACACUCGCCUCAUCCUCGCCUUGAGGGCCACCAAUGACCGGCUUGCUGCACCUGCGGUUCUGCUGAAAUAA